GUUCAAUUAAUAUAAAAUAUUUUGAUAGUUAAAACUAUAAAUAAAUCCCAAAUUCGCUGUAUAACAUAUACUAUGAUAUUUCAGUACAGUAUCAAAAUGUUUCUGUUAAAUAUAUGUCUAUUGUUAUGUGUUACGUUGAUAGCCUCUGAAAAAAUAAAUAAUGGUGGAAGUUCAGAAAAUGAGUUGGAGUGGCCUGAACAAUUUUCGUGCCAAGCCAUUAAACUGUAUCUAGAUUCUGGUUUAGUUGAGGACUACAAGAUAUGGCGUACGCCGAAAAGAUCUAGAAUCGACUAUAAUAAAGGUGCUGUAAAGUCAAUUAUAGUACCAUCUAGUUCGAGAGUCAGUUAUGGCUUAAAAUACUCAAUUCACCCACAGACUACAAACGAUGAAACAAAUAAAAUGGUGUGCACAAUAAAGAAAGGUACUAGAUUCGACCGUCAAGAGGUUGAGACUAUUUUACCAUCUACAGAUUACGAGUUUGAAUCUCAAGGUCCAGAUACAAUAAAUGAUAAGUCUUGUGUCAAAUAUUAUUCUGUAACCGACUAUGGAAGUUAUGAGACCAGAUCCACUCUAUGGGUUACUUUUUCUAACGAGGUCAAUGGAACAGUACCAAUAAGGUUUGAAGAAAAACAGUACAAUAAUGAACAUGGUUACUUGGACUCCCAUUACAUCUGGGAAUUUUAUAAUUACGACUUAGAAUUCGAUGACUCUGUCUUUAAUAUAUCACAAUAUGAUUGCUCCUAUGAGACGACAAACAAGGCUAAGGCAGUCAAAGAUCCCAUUAUACAUUACGAGAAUCAAGAAGAUGUAAACAGAGCUUUCGAAUCAUUCAAAUUAAAAUUCGAUAAAAAAUACGCUCAUAAAAAGGAGCACGCCAUGAGACGGAGUAUCUUCGAGAAAAACCUGAGGUUAAUUAGAACAACUAACAGUCAAAACCUUGGUUACAAAUUGGCAAUCAAUCAGUUCGCUGAUCGAACUCCUGAGGAAAUGAAAAGACACAAGGGUUUAAUAAGACGGAAGCAGAAAAAAUCCGGCAAUAUACCGUUUCCUUACGAUGAUAAAAAAUUAGAAGAGUUGUCGCAGAAUUUGCCAACGGAAUUUGAUACACGGCUUCUAGGUUUAGUCAAUCCUGUCAGAAAUCAAGAAAGCUGUGGUUCUUGUUGGACGUAUGGAACGACAGCAGCCGUCGAAGGAGCGAUUGCUCGCAAAAAUGGAGGCCGACUGCUAACUCUUAGUAAUCAAGCUCUAAUUGACUGUGCAUGGGAAUAUGGUGCAUUCGGGUGUGACGGUGGUAGUGACACCGCAGCCUUCCAAUGGAUGAUACAAUAUGGCCUGCCUACUGAAGAAGAAUAUGGACCUUAUGCUAAUCAAGAUGGUUAUUGUCUUAUUGAAAACAUGACUACAAUUUAUCCAAUACUGGGUUUUACAGACGUCACGCCAAACAGUAUUGUUGCCCUUAAAGUGGCAUUAAUAAACCACGGUCCAUUAUCAACGUCUAUAGAUGCAAGUGGCUCAUUUUCAUUUUAUUCUGGUGGUAUCUUUUACGAUCUCUCAUGCACCCAAACCAACCUCGACCACGAAGUCACUCUAGUUGGUUAUGGUGAAGAAAAUGGGGAUACCUAUUGGAUAAUAAAAAACUCCUGGGGUUCAAACUGGGGUAUAGACGGGUACAUGCAUAUUUCUGCACGCGACAAUAAUUGCGGUGUGGCUACGGAACCCACAUAUGCAGUGGUCUAAUGAUAGUUACGAUUUUACUUCUUUGGCGGAUUUACUUUUGUUCUAUUUAUUCUUAUCUCUUUUGUCGUAUGUCGUAUUAUAUUCGCUCGUAUAUAUAAAUAUAAAAAUAUGCAAUAUUAAUAUACAUUAUAUUGUUAAUAAUAUUUUUAUAUAUAUCAAUAAAAAAUACGGAUCAAGCACAUCAUUACUGUCAUAGACAUUUCUGUUUUUAAUUAUUUAUUUAUACUUUUAUUAAGCAUUUAAUUUAAUCUAUUUUAUGUAGGUUAUAUACAUAUGUUAUAAACGCUGAUUAAAAAUAAUAUAUAAAUUAUUUUUGUGAAUGUCAAAAUAUUAAUGGUCAUCAUAGAUUAAGGCAUUGUAUUAUCUAAGUCAUACACGAUGCAAAUUUUGUAUAUUUCCAUCACGUAAACAAAAAGAGACAAAUAUAGAACUUAAGUUAAUUACAUUGCAGAAAAUCCGCCAAACUGAUCAUUAAAGGCGAUAAUAUGGACUAUGAUAUUAUGUUUUUUAUUAUGCAAAUACGUAAUAUGUACGUGGAAUAAAAUUAAUAAAAUGCAAAAUAUUAUGCUUAUUACAAAUAUGAAA